AUGCUGGCCAAUGGACAUUUCAUGUCGAAGCCACAAGGUGCAAAUCUUCGAAAAAUUUAUUGGAACGAAACAUUAGCCAAAUCGGCAGCGAAAUACGCAGCACGAAAUCCUGAAGGUCAUUCUGGAAACAAAAAUGUUGGAGAGAACUUGUCGUGGCAUUGGGCAACAAAUCCAAAAGAUCUCAAUCAAUAUGGGAAGGAAGCUAGCGAGGAAUGGUUGAAGGAGUUUGAGGAUUUUGGUUGGAAAACGAAUAAACUCACUUCUCAGCUGUUCUCUUCUGGAAUCGGUCAUGCGACGCAAAUGGUAUGGGCUGAUACUUAUCAAAUUGGAUGCGGAUUGUCGACAUUCGACGAGAAGUCGAAAAAAUCGGGAAAACCGAUUAAAAAAAUUACAGUUGUUUGCCAUUAUUGGCCACGGGGAAAUUUCAUUAAUAAACCGAUUUACAUCGAAGGAAAACCAUGCUCGAAGUGCUCAAAAUGCGACAAAAAUCGUGGAAUAUGCAUUUGA